AUUCAUUUAUCUGCAGGAAUGAUUGCGACUAUCAGUCUGAAGCUCACCGCCUGACUGAGGAGGUGAAAGUUGCGCCACAGGAAGAUAAACCGCAAAAGACAAUAUUGCACAUGAUUUGCGUGUGCAUCGGAUGAGCAGGAGAGGGAAAUUCCUCUCGACGAAAAAGUAAAUAGGAAUAGGGCAUCGGAGUUUGCCUAGCACACACUUAAGUCAGAGAAAUAGCAAGCAGAGACAGUUGCUAGAGAUUCUUCCUCUCUCAGUCUCCACCGCUGCAGACUGAAGAUGCUCUUGGACGCAGGACCACAGUAUCCCACCAUUGGAGUGACUACUUUCGGCUCCACCAGACAUCACUCAACAGGCGAAGUUACAGACAGAGAAGUGGCUUUGGGUAUCAAUCCGUUCGCCGACGGUAUGGGCGCUUUUAAAAUCAACCACAGCUCCCACGAUCUUGGCUCUGGCCAAACGGCGUUUUCCUCGCAAGCCCCCGGUUACGCCGCCGCCGCUGCCCUGGGACACCAUCAUCACCCCACUCAUGUCAGCUCGUACUCCACCGCCGCCUUCAACUCCACUCGGGACUUUCUCUUUCGCAAUCGGGGGUUCGGAGACGCCACGAGUGCGCAGCACAGUCUCUUCGCCUCCGCCGCUGGAAGUUUCGCCGGGCCACAUGGACACUCUGACGCCGCUGGGCACCUGCUCUUCCCGGGACUGCACGAGCAAGCGGCCACGCACGCGUCCUCCAACGUGGUGAACAGUCAGAUGCGCCUGGGCUUUUCCGGGGACAUGUACGGGAGGGCCGAGCAAUAUGGUCACGUCGCGAGUCCGAGGUCCGAGCAUUAUGCGUCGACUCAGUUGCACGGCUAUGGCCCCAUGAACAUGAACAUGGCUGCUCAUCACGGGGCAGGGGCCUUCUUUCGGUACAUGAGACAGCCCAUAAAGCAAGAGCUCAUCUGCAAAUGGGUCGAACCGGAGCAGCUGACGAAUCCGAAAAAGUCCUGCAACAAAACUUUCAGCACCAUGCACGAGCUUGUGACCCACCUGACGGUGGAGCACGUUGGGGGACCAGAGCAGUCGAAUCACAUUUGCUUUUGGGAAGAGUGUCCCCGGGAAGGGAAACCGUUUAAAGCAAAGUAUAAACUUGUGAAUCACAUUAGAGUGCACACCGGGGAGAAACCGUUUCCGUGUCCAUUCCCCGGUUGUGGAAAAGUAUUUGCCCGAUCGGAAAAUCUGAAAAUCCACAAAAGAACACACACCGGUGAAAAACCUUUCAAGUGUGAGUUUGAAGGCUGUGACAGGCGCUUCGCGAACAGCAGUGAUCGUAAGAAACACAUGCACGUCCAUACCUCUGACAAACCAUAUCUCUGCAAAAUGUGUGAUAAAUCCUACACACAUCCCAGCUCCCUCCGGAAACACAUGAAGGUUCACGAGGCUUCGUCUCAAGGACCCCAACCCUCCCCGGCCGCCAGCUCCGGCUACGAGUCCUCCACGCCGCCCACCAUCGUGUCCCCUUCCACAGAAAACCAGAGCAGCAGUUCCAUAUCACCAGCAUCAUCCACAGUUCACCACACGACCAGCCACAGCACCCUUUCGUCAAAUUUUAAUGAAUGGUACGUGUAAAUAUUUUCAAAAGACUGCAGAAUUAAGACUGCUUUGGAAUCAAGACUCAAAAAGUCAGCCUAUUCUCGCGUGGACCUACACACACACACAAUGUGAAGAAUCUGAACGGUUUUCUGAACCCGCUGUCUAAAGAGAGCAGUGCAUGGACGGGGUGUGCAACGCUCUUGACAGCCGAUUUUUGUCCACCAUUUGUUUUGCAACGCCACCCCCCCCCCCCUUUUUUUUUUCUUCUUCAUUUUUUUUUUUUUUUUUUAUAUAUUUUCGGAAGACUGCACAGAGAACUUCAACUGCAUGCUAGCAGGUCACAGCCUGUUUUGUUUUGUAUAUAAAGAUUUACCUAGUUUAAAAUGUAAUAUUUUAUUUUGUAAAUAGCCAUAAUACAAUUUAAGGGAAUUUGUGAAAAAAUGUGGUCCCUAGAUAUAUGGAAAAUGAAAUGGUUUUACGAAUAUUGCGAUGAAUAGUCUUGACUGAAAAGAAUGUUAUAGUUUAUGUGUACCAAAUGUGAAUUACCCAGUAUUACCACAGUCUACACGUUUACCUAACCGAUUAGUAUUAAUGUGCUUUUGUAUCCAGUGCAACAUUUCGUCUCCAGUCCAGUCUGAGUAGCACACAGUUGUUGUUAUUUAAUGUCAUGUCGAUAAACCGUGUAGUGAAAGCCUGAAGCUCCGUGUCAAUCUUGUUUAUGUAAGUGAUAAAAUAUAAAACUAUCUGUCUAUUGCAUUGGCAACUGCAAGAAAUUAUUACUUGUAUAUAACUCAGUUUUCCAUAUUUAUCCGCAUGUAAAGGACCGGUAACACAUGUUAGAGAUAAUCGGUAUUUAUGGAAAAUGCGUUCGUAGGGUAUGUAAAAUUUAGUUUACAAAAUAAUGUUUGGUUACUUUUCGUACAAUAUUAAAGAAUUAAACGUACAACAAAAAUGACUUCAAUAUUUUUUUUUCUCGACUGUUCUUUAAACAAAUGAAUUGGAGGUUGAGAAAUACCAACAAGGAAACUCAAACAAGUAACCUAUUUAUUAUUUAUAUUUAUUUUUAUAUCAUUUUGAAAUAAUAUGAGUCUAAAUUAAAAUAUCACACAACUACAACAAUAACAACUGGUGCUAAGUAGGCUAUAUCACAAGGACACGAGUUAGUCUUAACGCUUAAAAUGGAAAUUACAUUUCAAUCCUUAAAAAAAGAAAAACGCUUGCUUUUAUAUUUUGCACCACUAAUUCAGCAGGAUUAUUUAAGUAAUUUAAUUUCACUUUUGUUCCCCUCAUUAUUGUCAGACAUUAAAUAUAACCAAGUCCCCAGAGUAACGUUUAAUGCAUUAAAACGUCGAAACGUGACGAAUUUAUCGACGUGGGUUUUCUUGAAACAGUUAGCAUUACUUGACUCUGGUCAUGGCCUUACGUAAUUAUGCUUGUUUGGGACCAGUAUAUGGUAGGAGUGGAGGACUUUAGUCUGAAAAAAAAAAGAGUCACGGUUGGGCUUUUGUUCCUGGUUGCAACUUGCUUGAUCGCCCCAUUAGGCACAUCAAGAUCAUGAGCGUGCUGAUAUAGCCAGUGCACAAUUCUCAAAAGAUAAAAAAAGAUGCUAUUUGAAAAAAAAAAAA